GUCCCGCCAUGGGCUGCAACAUGUGCGUGGUGCAGAAACCGGAGGAGCAGCACCGGGUGAUGCUGCAGGUGAGCGGGAAGGAGGGGCCGCGGCGGGGGGGGCCCCGGGGGGGCUCCAAGGAGCCGCUGGUGCUGCAGGUGCUGCGGAGGAGCCCCCGGGGCCCCGCCGGAGCCCACCCCCCCCCGCCCCCCCCGCCGGGGCUGGUGGACAGCGGCACCCAGACGGACAUCAGCUUCGAGAGCCGCCUGGGGGGGGCCGAGCCGCCCCCCCUCCCCCAGGAUUAUUUUGACCCCGCGGAUUUGGGGGAGCCCGAGCGCCCCGAGGAGCUGGAAUAUGAGGAGGUGGAGCUGUACAAAACCAGUCACAAACUGGGAAUCACCGUCUGCUACCGCACCGACGGCGAGGAGGACCCCGGCAUCUACGUGGGGGAGGUGAACCCCAACAGCAUCGCGGCCAAGGACGGGCGGAUCCGGGAGGGAGACCGGAUCGUGCAGAUCAACGGCAUGGAGAUCCAGGACCGCGAGGAGGCCGUGGCCUUCCUGACCCGUGAGCAGCAAACCAACAUCUCCCUGCUGCUGGCCCGGCCCGAGAGCCAGCGCUGGAAGGACAGCGACCGCGAGGAUUUCCUGGAUGAGUUCGGCUCCGAUGAGGAGGGGGAGCUCAGGGGGCCCCCCAGCCCGGCCACGCCCGGGGGCGGCCGCGGCGCCGAGCCCGACAGCGGCGUGGGGCGCACGGACGAGUCCACGCGCAACGAGGAGAGCUCGGAGCACGAUCUGCUGGGCGAGGAGGGGGGCGAGGGUCCCCCGGCACCGCCUCGGCCUCCCCCGCCUCGCCGCGAACCCCAAAACCCCCAAAAUUCACCCCAAAACCCGCCCCGGCUCCACGCAAAAGCCGGCGCUGGAUUGGCGGCGGCGCGGAGCGGCUCCGGCUCCGGCUGCGGGUCGGCGGGAAGAGGCGGCAGCGGAGCGGGCGGGCGGCGCGGAACGGCGGGGUUCGAACCGGGCUUGGAACCGGGCUUAGGAGCCGGGCUUAGGGGCGAGGAGCGGGGCUUAGGGGCGAGGUUAGAGCCGGGCUUAGGGGCGGGUUUGGCACCGGGCUCGCCGCCGCUGGCCGCGCUGAGCCCCGCGGAGCUGCGGCGGUACCGGGCGCUGCGCGGGCGCUGCGCGGGGCCCGCGGGCCGGGCGGAGCUGGCGCGGCUGGAGGAGGAGCUGCGGCACCUGGAGUUCAAAUGCCGGCACCUGCUGCGGGCCCAGCAGCUGGAGCGGCUCCGAGAGCGAGGCCGCCGAGCCUGGCGCGACCCCCGCCCGGGGGUCGAGGGCCCUUUGGCCGAUAUCGCCGAAGCUCCGGAACGCGACAGCACCAGCGCCUACAACACCGGCGAGAGCUCCCGCAGCUCCCCGCUCCUGCUGCGGGCCGGCCUCGGAGCCGCUGCCCCGCCGCCCUCCGGAGCGGCUGCGGGCACCGCUAAAGGGCCCCGGGGAAAGCGGCCCGGCCGGGACCGGCUGCUCAAAGCUCGGGCCAUCAAAAUCCUGGAGGAGCGAGGCGGCUCCACCGACGACGACGCGCGCAGCGAGCUGAAAACCGGGCGCUACUGGAGCCGCGAGCAGCGCAAGCAGCACCUGGCGCGGGCUCGGGAGCAGCGCAGACGCCGGGAGUUGCUGCUCCAGGGGCGGCCCGAGCCGCCGGCGGGGCCCGCAGGGGUCGCGGGUACCGUGGGAGGGGUCGCGGAGGUGCCGCCCCCUCCCCAGCACGGGCAGGGGUCGCGGCGGGGGCUGCGCAAGAGGAGCCGGCGCAUCCUGGAUAACUGGGUGACCAUCCAGGAGAUGAUGCUGGCGCAGCACGGGGGGCGCCUGGAGCACCCCCUGCUCUCGGUCACCACCGUGUGACACCCCCGGGGGCUUGGGGACAUCGUGGCUGGGGGGUUUGGGGACAGAAAAAAUCCUCAAAUCCCCCAAAAUUCCUCAAAUUCCCCCAAAAUGUCUCCUUUUCGCGUUAAGGACAAAGCCUCUCCCGCAUCACGCGGCGCUGUCCCCUCCGGGGGUCUCUGUCCCCUCCGGGGGUCUCUGUCCCCUCUCGGGGGUCUCUGUCCCCUCUCGGGGGUCUCUGUCCCCUCUCGGGGGUGUCUCUGUGUCCCCUUUGUCCCCAACUCCCCCCCCCAAGCACAAGGUGAGGGGGGGUCGCCCCCCCUUGUCCCCCCUCCCCCGUUGUCGUGUCUGUGGCCGUGCUUAGUUUGGGGUUCUUUAGGGUUUUUUCAGGGUUUUUUUACACUUUUUGUCACUUCCUCCUCCUCCUCCUCCCCCCCCAGGGCUGGGAGGGUCCCCGGAGGCCGAACCAGCCCUGGACCCCCCCCCCCAAAAAAAACCGAACAAAAAAUCCUGGGGUGUUUCCCCUCCCCCACCCCUGUGUGUGUGUCGGGGGGGGAGGGGCCGCAUUUGGGAAUUAAGGAAAAACAAGAAAACCUCGUUUUUACUCAUUUCA